GCUCACCUGGUCCGCCGCCUGCCGGGCGCAAAGUCCCCCCGAGCCGCCCUCACGGGGGCCCUUAUCCCUCCCCCCGCGCCGAGGCCGUCAUCCCGCCAGGGGAGGCUCCCCGCUUAUCUCGAGGCUCCCCAGAUGGCGGGAGGGGGCCCUGCUGCGUGCGGUGGGGGCCCCCACAGUGCGGAGGAGGGACCCAGUCACCCAGGCAGAGCCGUGACAGCAGCAGCCCGGCGUCCUGCGGCCGAACGCCGACUGGGCUUUGCUACGUGCCGUCCCCGCUGCAUUCAGCGCUCGGUUUACCGAGCGCCCGGGCCCCGGAGGGCGGUGUCACCACCCCCAUGUUACGGGGCGGGAACUGCGGCCCGAGGGGCUGGAGGACUUGUCCACAGAAGCCAGGCCCCCAGGCCCCCUCAUCUGCCCCCACACCCGCCCCAGCCCAGAGCAUGUUCCAGAUCCCAGAGUUUGAGCACAGUGAGCAGGAAGACUCCAGCCCUGCAGAUAGGGGCCUGGGCCCCAGCCCCACAGGGGACCAGCCCCCAGGCCUCAACAAGCACUGGAGUACGGUCCCGGGUCUCCUGGGAGGAGCUGGUCACCAGCAGGGCCAGCCGGCCGGCAGCAGCCACCAUGACGGCGCUGGGUCUGUGGAGCCGCGGAGUCGCCACAGCUCGUACCCCACGGGGACCGAGGAGGAUGACGACACCGAGGAGGGGGAGCCCAGCCCCUUCCGCGGCCGCUCGCGUUCAGCGCCCCCAAACCUCUGGGCAGCACAGCGCUACGGCCGCGAGCUCCGCAGGAUGAGCGACGAGUUCCAGGGCUCCUUUAAGGGUCUCCCUCGCCCGAAGAGCGCUGGCACGGCAACGCAGAUGCGGCAAAAGUCCAGCUGGACGCGCUUUUUCCAGUCCUGGUGGGACCGGAACUCGGGGAGAGGAGGCUCCGCCCCCUCCCAGUGACCUUCUUUCCCACGCGGAAGCGCCCCAGCGCGCCGCCCGGCGGCCAUCUUGGGUGUGGGCGGAAGUCGCCUCCCCGGGCCUCUGCAGAGGAUCCGGCCUCCCCGCGUCGGAAGGAGGAGUCCUGACCGGAGCCGCGUUCCCUUCCGGUGGGUGCGGGGAUUGCGGAGGCUCCCACUCAGCGGAAGUUUUGAAGUUCCUCCGCCCUCAGCCGCUGGAAGUGGGUUGCCCCCGGCGCCCGCGCCAAGUUGCUGGUCGGAACCCCCAGAACCCUCUCCUCGCGGUGACCCCGCGGCUGCCGCUCGCCACGGAAUGUGCUAAUAAAGCCCCAUCUACGC